AUGAACGGACACGGCAGUAACUUGAAGGACCUGGGUCAGGUACUAUUACCAAACAAUGAACAAUUCAAGAACGAUGGUGACUCUGGCGAUGGGGAGGAGCUGCCCAUGUUCCCGCCAUCUGAAAAUAUUGGGUUGACAUUCAAGUCGGACGGGUUGCUCCCUUUGCUUUUCUUUGUGCUGCCUCCGGAAGGAGAUCUUCAAAGGAAAGAAUUCGCAGACCUGAAACAUAUGUUAGAAAAAGGAGGAGCUAUUUUGGCUCCUGAGCCAUCAAACAAUACCUACAACAUCUGUUACACCGAAGAAACCCUCAUACCACAGAAGUACGAAUCAUACAAAAUUUGGUAUACUGCUGACUUGAUUCGAAGGUGCAUGGACUGUCAAUGUUUCGAUGAGGACAUUGUGGAAGCUGAGAUGAUCCUUGUCCCCAACUUCCGACACCUUACAAAUGAUUCAGUCAAUCAUGAAGAUGAGUGGUGUCUAGAUCAGGCACCCUCAUUGAAUUGGAGCCCUCAAGACCUGUUCUUCUCCACUGAUCUUCUCAGACCAAUCAUGAGGAUCUCAGGGAGUGAGUACAGAAAGUUGAUUUCUGGGUCGCAGUUGCAAGCUGACCCAGCAGGGUCACAAGGGACACGAAUCGGCGUCGAUGGUGUGGACGUGGAAAUGGAGGGAAACAACUCGAACCACGCCCCUGUUGUGAAGCUGGAAGAUAUUAUUGACGAAUCUACUACACCUCCGCUCGCUGAUGCCCUUGUGUUGAAUGCUCCGAGGACGGAGAUUUUACAUCGGCCAAGUCACAGAGCAUUGCAAGUUUACAUUCAGAACAGGCAAAAAUGGCAAAAUCUAAUCGACCGAUUGCCUCAUCACGAGGUUGUGUACCUCCAGCGUGUCACUGACUUACUCAGUGGCGACUUUGACGAAGUUUACCACCAAGUAUCCUACCAUGGUGAUGAUUACGACGCGAUAAACAGCCAGCCUGGAAGGUGGAACUCUGUUCACGACGUGUAUCUUACUGAUGUGACUGAAUCAAAGGAGCUUGCACAAUACUCUGUGGAACAAAAGUUCAACCGCAAGAAGUACUUGGAGGAGACUUUGACGGUCAACAAGGUGGCGGAAUGGCUAGCCAACUUUCAACCUACGAAAUACGGCCAUCCUAUCCAUACUAUUACCAGUCACCAGACGCUUACUAACUACUAA